GACAAAUGUCAAGAUGACUGGUGAUGGCCCAGGAUGAAGUGAAUAAUACCUGCUUCAGUUGCCUUCAUGACAGUUGGAACCAAUUAUUCUCAUCCAUCCAUUAUACUGGGUGAAGUCUUCGCCUGCUUGGGGUAGAUCUCCCAGGGCUGUCUCAACAGGCCCAUCAUCCUUGUACUGCCUACUUUGUCCUGAAAUAGGAACUCGUGAAAAACUUCUGCACUGGAGUGAACUGAAGAAUUUUUUGGGACCCCAAGCCCCGAUGAAUCCCUUAAGACUCACAUUUUACCCAAAGCAUUGAUGUAGGAGGGAAAAGAAUACAGGAUUUCCCUUCUCUAUAUUCCAGUGGUUGGCACAUGACAACCUUCAUACUUCUACUAGGAAAAAAAAAGAAUUUCAAAAAGACCCAGAAAUGAGACCCAAAGAAACCCCAAGAUCUGUAUUCCCUCUCUUCUCUUCCUUACCAAGUCAGAAUCAUUCUCAAAACUUCCUCUUAACUAGAGGCCGCUGGAAAUAUGGUGAUCAUGGUGGUCCUUUUUGGGGUCUUUGUGCGCUACAAUCCGGAGGCUGAUGCCCACUGGAAUGAGGAGAAGAAGAAACACAACAUUUCUAGCGAUGUAGAGAAUGACUUCUACUACCGGUACCCAAGCUUCCAGGAUGUCCAUGUUAUGAUAUUUGUGGGUUUUGGCUUCCUCAUGACCUUCCUGCAACGCUAUGGUUUUGGCUCUGUUGGUUUCAAUUUCCUUCUUGCGGCUUUUGGAAUCCAGUGGGCACUGCUGAUGCAAGGCUGGUUCCACUCCUUCCAUGAUGGCUAUAUCCUCAUUGGUGUGGAGAACCUCAUCAAUGCAGAUUUCUGUGUAGGCUCUGUCUGUGUGGCCUUUGGAGCCAUCCUUGGCAAGGUUAGCCCUAUCCAGCUGCUCAUCAUGACCCUGUUCCAAGUGACCCUCUUUUCAGUGAAUGAGUACAUCCUCCUCAGCCUUCUCCAGGUAAAGGAUGCUGGUGGCUCUAUGACUAUCCACACAUUUGGGGCCUACUUUGGACUUACAGUGACCUGGAUCCUCUAUCGACCCAACCUGGAGCAGAGCAAGGAGAGGCAGAGCUCUGUGUACCACUCAGACCUCUUUGCCAUGAUUGGUACCUUGUUCUUGUGGAUGUACUGGCCUAGCUUUAAUUCAGCUGUCUCCAACCAUGGAGAUGCCCAGCACCGGGCGGCCAUCAAUACUUACUGCUCUCUGGCUGCCUGUGUGCUCACCAGUGUGGCUCUCUCCAGUGCCCUACAACGGAAGGGCAAGCUUGACAUGGUUCAUAUCCAGAAUGCAACACUUGCUGGUGGUGUGGCUGUGGGGACAGCAGCUGAGAUGAUGCUCAUGCCCUAUGGUUCUCUAAUUGUUGGUUUUAUCUGCGGCAUCAUAUCCACCGUGGGCUUCGUCUACUUAACACCAUUCCUGGAGUCCCGGCUGCGCAUCCAAGACACCUGUGGUAUCAACAAUCUGCAUGGCAUGCCAGGCAUCAUUGGGGGCAUUGUAGGAGCUGUCACUGCCAAUGAAGCGUCUAUAUUUGUAUAUGGACAAGAAGGGCUCAUCAAAGCCUUUGACUUUGAAGGCUCCAAAAGUAAUUGGACCCCUCGAAAGCAGGGCCAGUACCAGGCAGCAGGCAUCUUUGUGUCUCUGGUCAUGGCCUUUGUGGGAGGUGCCAUAGUAGGUGUCAUUUUGAAAUUUCCACUUUGGGGACAAGCUGCAGAUGAAAACUGCUUCGAGGAUGAGGUCUAUUGGGAGGUGCCUGAAGUGGAAAAGAACAACAGCUACCAUCAUGAGGAUACCACCCUCAAGCCUGUGGCAUCCUAACAUUGAGACCAGCUCCCUGUGGAAGAGAAGCAGCUGCAGGCCUCCUUUGGACCAUCUCAGUCUCAGUGGCCUCCGGAUUGAGAGUGUGUUUUCUCUGGGAGCCAGAUUUGAGGCAUUGACCUGCUCCCCACCUCCACUCGCUGGAUUCUCCACCCAUAAACUUCUUUACCUUCUACCUCUUACCUCCAAGCACAGGCUUUGUCCCUCUUUAAAGAAACUCCAAGGCAGGAACUGCCUGGGAGACAUCUGAAUACUGAGGAAGAGGAAAUAGAUAAAGGUCAGAGGAAGGGGGAGGGGUAAUGACCUGAAAUUGGGUUCCAGAGGGAUGAAACCAGGGAGCUUCUGUUUAGGUUGCAGCAUCCAUCUGAGUGGGAGGCCAGGGCCUGGGGUCUUCCUUUUGUAGGGGAAGGGAGGAGAAUGGACACGGUCCAUUUGGAAAGGAGGGUUUUCUAGGCUGGUAAUCUGGAUCUUGAGAGAGGAUGGGUUCUGCUGCAAGAGAACUACUCCCUGAAGCAAGAAGACAAUGAUGCCACUGUGCCUGCUAGCUUGUGCUUUGUACUUGUCCCCCUGCUCCCUGGCUGCCCUACUUCUUCAACUUGUGCUGCUGUUAAUGCCAGCCUGAGCAAAUAAAAUGGCCAUGAUGUCCAUCCUAA